ACUCGGAUGUCCAGGCCUCAGUGGGGAUCUCGAGUACAAUACUUGUUAUCCCUAAUCGGGUACAGUGUAGGUUUGGGAAAUAUAUGGAGAUUUCCCUAUAUCUGCAACAGGAAUGGAGGAGGAGCAUUCUUGAUUCCCUUCGCCAUUUUUCUGUUCUUUGCCUGUUUUCCCCUUUUUUUCCUGGAGACGUGUGUGUCUCAGUUCUCGGGAAAGGGGACGGUUCAUGUGUGGAGUUUUUGUCCCCUUUUCAAAGGGGUGGGUUUUGGGAUGCUGAUUCUUGGUUGUGUGAUGGUCCCCUACUAUAACUUCCUCAUGGCGUGGCCGAUAUACUACCUCGUCCAAUCCUGCUCUGCUGUCCUACCCUGGACUACCUGUGGAAAUGACUGGAACACUGAGUAUUGUGUAACUGACGUCUUGACAAACGUCAACUCAACGUCGACGAAUACGACGUCACUGAAUGAUACUCUGUAUAAUCACGUCGCCGUUGGUAAUGCAUGGGAGAACCUUACUCUAUCACACACUGCUGCGGAGGAGUUUUGGCAUCUCGACAAGAUUAACCCAAUGCAUUCCGAACACCUGUUACAUCGUCAUCUGUUCGUCGUGUACGUCACAGCCACGCUGCCCUUCAUCUUGCUGACUGCUCUGCUCGUCCGUACCCUCAUGCUUCCGGGGGCAUACGAUGGAUUGGUGUACUUCUUUACCCCAGACUUCAGCAGGCUGCAGCAUGGACAGGUGUGGCUGGAGGCGUGUCUGCAGGUGUUCUACUCCGUGGGGCCAGGAUGGGGGAUGAUUCAUGUUCUUGCCAGUUUCAACAAAUUCCAUGAACCCUGUUUAGGGGACACGCUCCUAGUAUCAUUUAUCUCUGAAGGAACGAGUAUUUUUGGAGGAUGUGUGACAUUUUCCGUGUUGGGUUCCAUGGCUGCACGUACUGGUGUUCCUGUGUCGGAGGUGGUGUCUAGCGGUCCUGGACUUGGAUUCGUCGCCUACCCACAAGCGCUCUCUCUACUUCCUGUUCCACAACUUUGGUCGUUCCUGUUUUUUCUGUUGCUCAUAACCAUAGGGUUGGAUACGCAGUUUUCUGUAACCGAGGUCCUACCUACGACAAUCGUUGACAGUUACCCCCACAUAUUUUAUAAACGGCGAGGGUUACUAACAGCAGCCAUUUGCCUGGUGUAUUUCCUCAUGGGACUCAUAUUUUGUACACAGGGAGGACCGUACAUAUUUCAGCUGAUCGACUGGUACAUCUCAGCCCUGUCGGUCAUUUUGUUCUGUUUUCUUGAAUGUGUAGCUGUGGGAUGGAUAUAUGGUAUGGACCGGUUUAGCAGGGACAUCACGAUGAUGCUGGGACGUCCACCUCCGAUCAUCCUGCGGUUCCUCUGGUGUUUUGUUAUACCAGUUGUGUCAUUGGCUGUGUUCAUCUUAACCUUGGUCCAGUAUCAGCCUCCGACGUAUGGCAAGUAUGAAUAUCCACCGUACGCUGUUACCAUUGGUUGGUGUAUCGCAACAGUGCCAAUAAUCCCCCUUCCGGUGUGUGCAUUGUUGACUCUCCUGAAGCACAGAUCUGCUAAGUCCUUCAAACAGCGUUUAAUGCUUUCCCUGAGGCCUGACUUUGACUGGAUGCCAUCAUCCUCGGCAUACAAGGAAGCGUACAAGGAUGAACAGCAGAGCAGGAGAAGAACGGUCAAGGAGAACGUCAGAGCAGUUUUCAAACAUUGA